UCGCGCGCGCUGCCUAUCUGUCCUCGCGUACGGCCUUCACCGAAUCCCUCCGCUUGUUGCAUGCUUGCUAUCCAUCCCCGUCCGUCCGGUGCCGUAGACGCGGCGAUCCGCUACGCAGGAAGGAUACGGUGCGAAUAGGAUAUCAAUCAUCGGCGUGCAGCACCACGGCCGAGGGGGGAUUCACCGCAUCACGAUCUCCGAUCCGAUCCGCGAGCACCGACCAUUCAAUUGCUUGCGAUCUUGUGUAUAAAUAAUGCCAUCCCGUAGCGGAGAUUGCCAGCAGUCCCGUCUCAUAUCGACAUCCAUGGAGGCGUCGAAGCCGGAGGUGAUGGUGGGUGGUUGCUGCCGCUGUGCACAGAGUGACAGCGGGGAGAAGGGGGAGGAGAUGAGUAGUGUCAUGGACUGCAAGGUGGUGCCGGCGGCGGCGGAAGAGGAGCCGUACGUGAUGGCCGUCGACGACAGCUCCGUAGACCGCGCCGUCAUUACCGGGCUGCUCCGGCGCUCCAAAUACAAAGUAACCGCGGUGGACAGUGGGAAGAGGGCGCUCGAGAUCUUGGGCUCGGAACCGAAUGUGUGCAUGAUCAUCACGGACUACUGGAUGCCGGAGAUGACUGGCUACGACCUGCUUAAGAAAAUCAAGGAGUCGUCGGAGCUCAAGCAGAUCCCGGUGGUGAUCAUGUCCUCCGAGAACGUGCCCACGACGAUCAACAGAUGCCUGGAAGAAGGUGCGGAGGACUUCCUGCUCAAGCCCGUCAGGCCGUCGGACGUCUCGCGCAUAACUGCACGGAUGCUGCAGUGAAAAGGACCACUGAACUGACUGAUCGCCGCUGUCUGCGGCGGCGCCGUUCGUCAGAUUGUUACUAGUGUUUUACAGCUCCAGUAGAUGUAGGCAUGGAGUAAAUUAAGAAAAGCAGUUAGGGAGGAGAAUAUGUAUAAUGCAAUGUGGUACACUCAGAUUCCUUCGCAGGUGCUUUUGGGCUUUUAGUCGUCGCUUUCAUCAACCAGCUUGAAUUAGUUGUAGGCUUCUAGGAGAAAGUUUGUCUUCAUUAAGAUGUGUAACCAGUGCAUGAAUUAUUUUGUUCCAAGGAAAAUUAC